CCCAUCCUUUCUAAUGCCAAAUUAUUGUCUUUAGCACAUCGCGCACUUGUCAUUUUCCCGUGUGAUGUAGAUGAUGUUCAUUUCGGAUUCGAGUUGUGUGUCUACUACAGGGGAGGGCCCACUCAAGGAUAAAGUGUUAACUAGGUACUCUUUCUACUUUAAUACCCUGUUGAAUCGCAUCUUAGUAUAGUUUUAAAGGGAUGUUAAUAGUAUCUAGACAUAAAGUAAAGCCUUGAAUGUGUGUUGAUAGCUGAUCCUAUGGUGGGCCCACCCCUGUAAUGUAGCUGGGUGUAGAGUUGCGCAAAUAACAUGCGCGACACGCCCUACAUAGUUAUGAACGCCUCACAGUCAAAAAUCGUCAAUUCUCAACACCAAGAACCUUCUGAGAAUACCUAAUGUGUUAAAAAUUAAUGAUAAUACUGUAAGUCGUGAUUCACUAAGGAUCGCGGUGUGCCUGUAUUUGCGCAACUCUACGGUGCCUGAUCAUGUGUACGCGAAGGCCUGAUUUUGGCCUUAUGUACAUGUUCCAUGGCAUUUGGUCAUGAGCAAGUCACGGUACGACCUCGCUGAGAUCGAGACUGAGAUAACCUGUUUGAUUGGUCCACUCGGCUCGUGUGUCUCCCGGAAAUCGAAGCAUGUACUGGGUGCAUUGGGAUGUCACCACUAUAUUCCCUUGCUUCAUGAUCGGUUCUUGUUGAGCGGAAAAGAGUUGUGCAGAUACAGUGUACUCCUGCUAGCAUGCCGAGUACCCAGGUGUGUAUCAUAUUCAACGUCAUUCAUCCCCCACUUUUGUCGUAUUUCAACCGAGCUCCACCCCGCUCGAUACUUCGACGCGCUUUCGGUCUUGUUUGACAUAAUUUGCACUGUAGUUAUCUUGUUGAAUAUAAUCACCAAACUCCAAAAAUGGCCAAUAUUCAUACUCCAAUCCCGAGCUUGAAACUCAACGACGGUACGUCCAUGCCUAUGCUUGGAUACGGAACCGGCACGGCAUGGUAUAAGAAGGGGGAGGAAAGCAGGAUUGACCAAGCCCUCGUGGAUGGAGUAAAAACAGCAAUUAAAUUGGAAUACACACACUUGGAUGGUGCGGAAAUAUACAAGACGGAGCCUGAACUCGGUACAGCCAUCAAAGAAGGCGGGGUUCCACGAGAGAAGCUUUAUGUCGUGUCCAAGGUGCAAACAAAUGUUAGCAACAUCCAAGAGGCUAUUAAAGAAUCUCUCAGGAAGCUACAGCUCGACCAAUUGGACCUAUACUUGAUCCACAGCCCGUUUUGGGCCAAUUCCGACGAAGAGUUGCAGAAAGCAUGGGCAGACAUGGAGACUGUUCAGGCUGCCGGCCUCACGAAAAGCAUUGGAGUAUCUAACUUCCUCCCAAAACACUUGACCGCAAUCCUCAAAACGGCCAAGGUGGUACCUGCGACAAAUCAGAUAGAGUUCCAUCCUUACCUCCAGCACCCCGAACUACUCGCGUUCCACAAAGAACAUGGCAUAGCGACCACGGCCUAUGCUCCUCUUACUGCCGUCACAAGAGCAACACCUGGUCCAGUGGAUGAUUACAUGGCAUCUUUAGAGAAGAAGUACGCGGUGACCGCAGCUGAGAUCAGCCUGAGGUGGUGUAUCGACCAGGACGUCGUACCUAUAACCACGAGCUCCAAAGAGCAAAGGUUGAGUGACUACUUGCGCGCAGCGACCUUCAAAUUGACGCCCAAAGAGAUACGAGAAAUUAACGAACUUGGGCAGAAGAAACAUUACAGGGCAUUCUGGGCAAAGUACUUUGAUGAAAACGAUAGAUCAUAG